UGAAUGGUCAUUCCUCAAAUGAUGGAAUUCUAAGAGACUAUUGUGAUAGUGAACAGUACAAAAUGCAUGCUCUUUUUGGACAACCUGGUAAUGCACUACUUCUUCAUUGUUACUAUGAUGAUUUUCAAGUAACAAACCCGCUUGGAUCAAAGACAAAAAAACAUAAAAUAGGAGCCUUUUACUUCAAUCUGGGAAAUCUUAGUCCAGAAUACCGUUCUGUUAUCAACUCAAUUCAGCUAAUUGCUUUGUGCCGAGUACCGCUCAUAAAAAAGUAUGGAAUGAAUAGGAUACUGCAGCCAUUCAUGCAAGACCUGCAUCAACUAGAGGCAGAUAGAGGUGUAACAUUUUGGAUAGAUGAACAAGAAAGAACAUUCAGUGGUUCCAUUGGACCUUAUUCAAGUGACAAUCUUGGGGCACAUUCUCUUGGUGGUUUUCAGGAGAGCUUUUCUGGUCUAAGGAUUUGUAGAAUUUGUAUGGCAACUAGAGAAGACACUAACACAAAGUUUACAGAAGCAGAUUUUCAAAUUAGAACAAGAGCAAUCCAUGACAGACAUUGCCGGCUUGUAGAAAAUGAUGCAAAUCUAGAAGCAACUUAUGGGGUAAAAACAAGAAGUGUUCUCAACCAGUCCCGUUACUUCCACAUUACUGAUGGACUUGUUCUUGAUGUCAUGCAUGACCAACUUGAGGGAGUGCUGCCCCUAGAAGUCAAGAUUCUGUUACAGAAGUACAUUCAAGAGGAAAAUUAUUUCACACUUGAAAUUGUGAAUGACAGAUUAGAAAGAUUGUGGUAUCCUCAAUCUGAUGCUAGCAAUAAACCAAGUCCUAUAAAGCCGCAGUCAUUGGCAAACAAUUCAAUGAGGAUUUCACAGUCAGCAGCUCGGAUGUGGUGCCUGGCAAGAAUGUUUCCUAUACUUAUAGGAGACUUGAUUCCACAAAAUGAUGAGCACUGGGAAAACUUUUUGCGACUACUGAAAAUUGAAGAAAUUGUUUUUGCUCCUAAAGCAACACCACAGCUGGCUGCAUAUCUUGGAGUUCUCAUAGAGGAGUACCUAGAGGACUAUGUCAACCUCAAUGACCGGCUUCCAAUCCCAAAACAGCAUUACAUGGUGCAUUACCCAAAUCAAAUUAUCAAAAAUGGUCCCCUAGUAAGAAACUGGGCCAUGAGGUUCGAGGCCAAACAUAACUACUUUAAAAAGCUGGUAGACAACAUCAACAAUUUCAAAAAUAUCACCUAUUCCUUGGCUAUGAGGCAUCAAGCCCUUCAGACUUAUCGAAUGCAAAGUUCACAAGGCAACUAUUUGAGAGUGUCUUUGGAAAUUGGACCUGCUGUUGGAAGGGUAACAACUGUUCAAGAAGCAGGAGUAGAAGAUGAGCUGCAAGAGGCAGACCCCCAAACUAAAGGCGACAGUUCACUGACACGCACAUCCUGGGUUAAAGUUUAUGGAACCAAAUACGUAAAGGGCGAUGUUAUUGUAAUUGACUACCACCAUGGCUUUCCAAUUUUGGGAAAGAUCCAAAAGGUUUUGGUUGUUGAGAGACACAUAGUUUGGUUUCAGUACCUUAAAAUAAAUGUUACUGAAUUUGUCUGUCAUUUAAAUGCUUUUAAAGUUCAGCAACUGAACGAAAUAAGAUAUAUUAAGCAAUCUGAGCUUCUAGAUUAUUACCCCCUUGGUCUCGUUAAGGGAUUUGGUUGCUAUGCCAACCAAGUCUUCGUGACAUUGAAAUACAGAUUGGAUCUUAUGCAGUAAUGAUAUUUUUGGUUACAUUUUGCUAUAUUGAUGCAUGUAAAUAAUACAGAAAAAAUCAUGAUAAAUAGUAUAUUGCAGAAUAGAAAGUAAAGUUUCUUAAAAUGGCUGCAAAAAUAUAAAGAAAAAUUAUUAAAAAAAAUAAUUACUUUUGUUUCAACUAUGUUGUGGUGCUAUUCAUGCUCCAUUUUUUCUGAGUAGAAUUACUCAGAAACCAACUUGGAUAUCAUAAUGCGAUUGAGUAAUUUAACUCAACAUUUGAGUUAGAUUCUCUGAAUUAUCAAAGAGUUAUUGGGUAUUUCAAUGAUUUAUGGGUGUUUUAUUCAUGUACUUUGGCCAUUUUAGGGAUGGAUCGAUUUGUAAAGGUUGUUUAAUAUUGUUCGAAUUUGUGUCAAUUGCUUGUGUACUAUGUCUUGUCAUAGUGCACGUGUUACUUUAUACUGUUACAUAAUGUGUAGCAAAUAUAGCAAAAAUAUCCCAGCAGAAAGCAUCCUUUGCUGGUAAAGCCCAUCUCAAAAUCAUCCCUCAUCCCUGUAUUCCUUAUGACAGACUCAACUUUUAGUUAAUUUACUCAAUACCUAGUAAAUAAACUCACAUAUUGUGAGUUAUAUUACUUGACAA